AUGGAUUCAAGUAAAUAUAACGACAUAAAUCUUAAUGAUUUCAAAUGGAGAAAUGAACCUAAAAAUUGGAAAAUCACCAACGAAAGUCUUGAAGUAACGACUGACGACAAAUCCGAUUACUGGCAGGGACCACUGGGUAACCGGGAUCACACAACGGGACAUCUUUAUGGAAUCGAAAUCAAAGAUGACUUUAGUUUUACGAUUUGCGUGGAAGCAGACUUCACUCACCUGUACGACCAAGCAGGUCUCAUGAUAUACUUCGAUGACAAACAUUGGCUGAAGGCGGGCAUUGAGUACAUGCAGAAUGGACAGCCAAUGAUAGGCAGCGUCCUAACAAAUGAGAGGUCAGAUUGGGGCACAGGCGUGUUUACGGGCAACCCGCGCAAGUUCUACCUCCGGCUGUCGAGGAAAGGCGACGUGGUGUGUGUGAAGUACUCGGCAGACAAGGAGCUGUGGACGCUGCUGAGACUGUGCCCGCUGCCGGGCUGUACGCGCGGCCCCUGUGUGGUGGGACCCAUGUGCUGCACGCCCACCAGGCAGGGCCUGCAAGUCACCUUCAGCGACAUACGCAUCACUGUGCCCGCCGAUGAUAUACUGCAUUCUAACUGA